AUGUCUGCCCUAUUAGGUCCGCUGACCUCCUUUAUGGAAACUGUGAAUUCAUUGAAUGCUAAUUAUAAUGCAUUGUCCUAUGAGGAACUAACUGCCAUGGGAUUCGUUCAGAGAUUAAAACUUUACAAUUGGACGUUCGAAAUGUUCUCUGUCGGUAUUGUUCUAUUCAUGUUCAUCACCUAUAGAAUUGGUGUUUCAAUGAAUCUGUCUCGUGCAGACAAGUUUUUCGAUUCAAUCCAUGCUGUUUUGAAGAACAACCUUGGGUUUUCCCGGGUUGGAUUGGCCACCUCAGACCCAAACGGUCGCAAGAUGUAUUUGGACCAACACCUUCACACCUGGUUUACCACUUUCGCAACUGGUCGCUCCUCCAUUUCCAGUGUUAACGUCCAAUUGCAUUUAUUUGGUCGUAACAAUCCUGUCAAUCUGUCAAUUGAUUUCUUAAUUGGGUUCUUCCUUCCAAGCUUGAAGUUCGACCAUUUGGAAGAGUAUUGCGAGGUGAUUCUACAGCCUAACGGGGUCUACGUCGGUAGCGACGAAGCUAAAGUUAACGGGAAUGCCAAUGAACUCUUGGGUAAUUUCAAGUUCACCACUUCCAUCGUCAACAAGUCUGUCAUGACCGAGGUUCGUAACAAAAACUACUUCCUGUCUUUGACGCAUGUGACAGAGAAUGACAAAUUGCCAAGGGAAUACGCUUUCAUGUCUGAGACGAACCAAUUGAACGAUUUUAUCUACAAGUACGCUAAGCCAACCUUCAACGAAGAGGUUCUAGCCAAGGUCACUCACUUGUUAGAAUUCAUAAGUUUCACCGACCUGCCAGCCCAAAAGCCAGAGACGGAACAAGAAUGGAACUCGAAACAGCAGCCACGUUGUGUGAUCCGUUGUAAAGUGCCCACUUCAAAGAAAGACCUUAAGUUAGUCAACGACGUCGUUGUUGCUGCUGUAGAGGUCUUUGACAACUUCACUAAGGACCUUGUCCAGAAAUCUUCCACUGUGUUCAUCACUCCUGAUAUGCUGAAGAAGACCAAGGCCACGCGUCAACAGGAGCUGUCCAAGAUUGUCAAAAAUGCUAAAAAGAUAGCAGCGGAGAAGGCUCUGGAAGAUAAGAAGGAGGCCGAGAAGGAGAAGAGACGUGAAUUGAAGAAAUCGGGCAACCUAGAGAAAAGCGAUCAAAAAAUGAAGGAAAAGAGAGAGAGACGUUUGAGAAACAAACAACGGACCAGAAUGCAGUGA